AUUACUGACGUCACAAUUUCUGCGGAGGUAACUAUUAUUUUCGUGACCACGUGAAAUACAUAUAUCCGCAGUUUAUCAGAUUUGAUAUUGUUAAAGAUGGAGACCGAGUCAAAUGCAGAAAGUACAGCGAGAAUAUUAUGUUGUUUGUGUGGAACACAAAUUGAACCGAAUCCAGCUAAUAUGUGCGUUGCCUGUCUGAGAACUCAAAUCGAUAUCACAGAAGGCAUUCCCAAACAAGUUUCUCUACAAUUUUGCCGAAACUGUGAACGCUAUUUGCAGCCUCCUGGAACCUGGGUAACAGCCACCCUUGAGUCUAGAGAAUUGUUAGCUGUCUGCUUGAAGAGAAUAAAGAGCGUAACGAAAGAUGUUAGACUAGUAGACGCUGGAUUUAUAUGGACGGAACCCCAUUCAAAGAGGAUUAAAAUGAAAAUUUCUAUUCAGAAAGAGGUUCUUGCAGGUGCUGUUCUGCAACAAACCUUUAUCGUUGAAUUUAUUGUUCAUAACCAAAUGUGUGAUGACUGCCAUCGAGUUGAAGCAAAAGAUUUUUGGCGUGCUGUUGUUCAAGUGAGGCAAAAAACAAAACACAAGAGGACAAUAUAUUACUUAGAACAGCUUAUUUUGAAACAUAAAGCCCAUGCCAAUACUACUGGAAUUAAACCUCUAAACGAAGGGAUAGAUUUUUUCUACGCUCAAAAACAGGAUGCUAAGAAACUAGUUGAUUUUCUUCAGAUAAUGUUGCCAUGUAAAUGGAAAGAAAGUCAAGAACUCGUUUCUCACGAUAUACAUAACAACUCUUAUAAUUAUAAAACCACAUAUUGCGUUGAUUUAGUACCAAUAUGUAAAGACGAUAUUUGUAUUCUCCCAAAAAAAUUAGCUCAAAUGAUGGGCAAUUUUGGCCAGGUUGCUAUUUGUUAUAAAGUUACAAAUACCGUUCAUUUCAUUGAUCCAAAUAGUCUCCAAAUAGCCGAUAUCAACGCAACUACAUUUUGGAGAUAUCCAUUCAAUGCGAUUGCAUCUGCAAACCAAUUACAAGAAUUUAUGGUUAUGGAAACAGAGCAAAUAACGGAAAAUUCCAAACCGCAUGUAUCGGGAAGAGGAUUUAUUUCUCAGAGACACGUAUUGGCUGAAGCAUGGUUGGCAAGAACAAAUGAAGUUGGUGUAAGCGAACAGCUUUUCUGCAGAACCCACCUUGGACAUCUUAUUCAUUGCGGUGACUCUGUUCUUGGAUUUGAGAUGAAAACUGCCAAUAUGAAUGAUCGCAAUCUAGAUGCCAUUAAAGAUGAAAAAAUACCUGACGUUGUUUUGAUAAAGAAAAUUUAUCCAAAUCGUAUAAGAAAACGUAACUGGAUGCUAAAGCAUAUUGAAGAUCCACAAGAUAAUAGAGAAUAUAGAGAUUUCUUGGAUGAUCUUGAAGACGAUAAAGAUAUUCGACAGAAUGUUAAUAUAUAUGUUGAUCGUGCUAAGUACAAUGAAAAUGAGGCUUCCGACGAUGAUGAUACGCCUAAGAUUUUCUUGGACGAAAUGCUUGAAGAUAUGCACUUGGGAGAUGAUGGCGGUCAAAGUAACGAUGUUAACAUGGAAUAAAUAUUAUGCAUGUUGUAAAUUAUAUAAAGCUAAUAAGCAAAGUAUAUGUAAUAAAGUACUAAGUAUAAAUUUAUUACUUGAAUAUUUUUGCACAAUAUAAGCAAAAUUUUGAUUUACUAACGCCAUCUGGUUCCGAUCGAUUUUUAAAAGGAAUAUUUCCAAUAUUUU